UUAAUAUUGAUACAAUUUUUGAUAUUGAUAAAGAUGAGAGGUUCAAUAUGAAUAUUAGUGACCAGGAGCUUGACUAUACUCUUAAUAUAAUUAUGAAUAUAACUGAUAAUGUUAAAGAAGUAUAG